GAAUUGACGCCGAUCUCUUCAUUCCAGGGAUACGCAACAGUAGGACAUUGAAAGGAAUGCGACUUCACGUUCCGAUAGCUGUGCGAGUGGGCCAUUCGGUGACCUUGUGCUGUGAAUAUGACCUUGAAGGUGCCGCCCUCUACUCCGUCAAGUGGUAUCGGGACGAGGACGAGUUCUACAGAUACGUGCCCAAGGAGGAGCCACCCACCAGGGUGUUCCCUAUACUGGGCCUGCAAGUAGAUGUGUCUAUGUCCGACGCACAUAACGUGACUUUGAUAUCAGUAUUACGAGAUAUAACAAGAACUUACCAGUGUGAAGUCUCAGCAGACGCUCCAUCAUUUCAUACGCAGAUAAUGGGUGCGCCAAUGACAGUAGUAGUUGUACCAGUAGGAGUGCCAAUAGUGAUAGUAGAUAAGGCUGGCUUAGAACAUGGUCGACCAUUGAUAGCAGAUUGCCAUGCCCCUCCAUCGUUUCCAGCAUCCAAUAUCACAUUGUACGUCAAUGACGAAAGGGUUCCAGGUUACACUUCGGAGUGGAUCACACCCUGGGAGGAUAACCUAGAGAAGCGAUCUGCUCGUCUCGAAUUGAGCGGAGUUGGAGGCAGCUGGGGAGCCUUGAGGCUGCGCUGUGAAGCCACGUUGUUUCGUGUGUACAAAGCGAACAGUUUGGAGGUGGAAGUACGCCCAGACACGCCACAACCAGCGUCUGUUUUGCUCAUGGGGCCAAGUAAUGCAGAUAGAAAAAACACUGCAGCAUCUAUACAUCUUCUAGUGCUACUUGUAGGUAGCUAUAGAAUUCUACCGUUCCAGCAGAAUUUAAAGAGUUAGUUAAUAAGCUGGCUUUAGAAAAUAUAGGAAGAGACACUCCAAUGACGCAGACUGUUCUGGAUCAUAUUGUCAUACAGAGAAGUACCUAACUUUUUUUAAUGCUGAAAAAAUUCCAGUUUUUUUCAGAUGAGAUAGUAAAAUUAUGCGAAAUGAUCGAAAUGCUGACACAUUGUUAACAAUCAACUGUAAGUCUACUCCUUUUUAUUUCAAAUUGUACCACCGGAUCUCGAAUUUGCGAGUGGAGUUUGCUUCCAAUCUGAAUAAUACGUGUAAAUAUAUGUUACGACUG